AGGCUCGACCAGAGAUAUCUAUCUGAUCAGAAAGAUGGCAAUCUUUAAUUUCUACUUCGCCAGCUGUGUGCUGCUGCUGACCCUGAGCUGGCGCACAUCCACAGGACUCCCGGUGCGCACAGAAAAGUGCGGAGACUGCCCAUCGCUCUUCAAGAGCCUCCUGCUGAAUAUCACGGGGCUUCUUGGCAGUGAUGUUUUGUGUUUUGGCAUCACCUCUGAUACAAUGGUGGUGAGGAGCAAAGCUGAGACAGCGCUGGCCUGCGCACCCACUCUGACUCAGAACUCAGGUUGCAUGAUGCAAAGAAAUUCAUCCUUCAGUGAGAGUGAAUGUCUGAGGAACAUCAUGAAGGACUUGGCCCAUUAUGAUGCUGCUAUUCAGUCCUACCUUAACUCCCCACUCAGAAGUCCUGAGGAAGAAACUGCACUUCUCAGCCCAACUCUGGGAAUAAUACAGAGCCUGAGGAAGAACUGCUCCCUGAUGCCGAAUGGAGAGAAUGACUCUACAGAGGUAUUCUUCUAUUCCUUCUUUUUUGUUUGUUCCCUAUUUACUCCUCCAUCUUUCAGUCUUUUAGAGGAAAACUUAUGGGAUUUGUGUGUGUGUGUGUGUGUGUGUGUGUGUGUGAGAGAGAGAGAGAGAGAGAGAGAGAGAGAGAGAGAGAGAAACUGGCAGGUGAUUAUUAUGUAUUCAUGUUGUUUCCUUCUAUAUUGUCUUUUAGGAGGAUGCUGCCCAGAUGUGGGGAAAUGACACCUUCAGUAACAGGCAGGAGAUGUGUAAGAUGAUGAGGGGCUUCCAUCUCCGAACCAUCACCAUCAACCGAGCUAUUGGCUACAUCUCCUCAGGAGACCACAGGAAGUAAACAUUCUGCAACCUCAUCCUCGUCAUCACCAAUUAAUACCACAAUAUCUUUUCUCCUUUAAUUUAUUACAAGUGAACAAGCCUUCCUGAUCAUUCACUACCAUCAUUUACAACUACUGACCAAGUAGUGUUUUACACUGCACAACUGUCUGCAUGAUUACUGCUCAGGCAUAAGCUAGAUGGCCGGACUCCAACCUCUUCACUCAGUGAUUGCUGAAUGACAGUCAAACUAUUGCUAAGGUUAGCAGUGAAGGCCAUGUUGGCCCAUUUAAAUGUAUGAAUGUAUUCCAAUAUUUUGGUGAAUGUAUCUAUUUAUUUAUCUAUU